AAUAGUUUCGCUGCCUUUAGUGGAUCCCAAAAGUGAUGAAAUACUUGUGAAGAAUCUCUUUGUGGGCAUCAACCACGGAUCUGAACAUCACUGCCGGACGAUAUUUCAAACACUCGGACCCGCCCAUCCCUUAGGGAUUGAAGCUCUGGGACAAAUUGUUAAGACUGGAAGCGCUAUCAAGGACUACAGUGUCGGUCAGUACCUGUAUGUGACCUCUGCUGACGGCCUGACAGUCGUCCCAAAGCCAGACCCGGAAUACUUAGCCCUCUUCGGCACCAGUGGUUUGACGGCAUCCAUAGGUCUGUCCGAAGGCUCGCAUUUGGCUUCAGGAGAAAAAGUGUUGAUAACAGCGGCGGCGGGAG